AUGGCAGAAGCACUUGUUUCUUCCAUCUUGAAGAAACUAGCAGCUAUCACCAUUGAGAAUGCCAGGCAAGAGCUGAAGUUGGUGACAGAUGUUGAGAAAGAAGUCGAAAAGCUUGAAAGCAAUUUUAAGGCCAUCCACGAUGCGCUUGAAGAUGCAGAGGAAAAGCAAAUUGUGGAGAAAGAUGUGAAAGGUUGGUUAGAUAAGCUCAAAGAAGUGUCUUAUGACAUGGAGGACGUGUUGGAUGAGUGGAGCACUGCACUCUCCAAGUUACAAACAGAUCCUGAAUUAGUUGCAAGUGCUUCUACUCCCGAGAGGAUGGUAUGUCCCUUCAUUUCAUGUUUUUCCUUUGGUCGUCGAGUUGUUAGGCGUCAUGACAUUGCUAUCAAAAUAAAAGGAAUCAAUGAAAGGCUAGAUGAGAUUGCUAAGGAGAAAGAGAGAUAUCAUUUGACAAAAAGAGAAACCAAACAACCUAGACGAGUAGAGAGUACAUCUUUUAUUGAUGUGUCCAAGUUACAUGGUCGAAAUGAGAUUAAAGAAGAAAUAGUGAAUAAAUUGUUGAAUGAGACUAGUGAAGAAGGCUGCAUUCAGACCAUCUCUCUAGUAGGGAUGGGAGGGAUCGGAAAAACUGCUCUUGCUCAAAUGGUGUUUGAUGAUGUUAAACGCCGAAAAUCCUUUGACAAGACAGUUUGGGUGUGUGUCUCGGACUUUUUUGAUCAGUCCAAAAUUGCAAGAGAGAUUCUGGAAGGCCUUGAUGGUGGUUCAACAAAUUUCCAAUAUCCAAUUUCACUACAAAGUCUUCUGGACAAAAUUUGCGAGAAAAUCAAAACAAGUAAAUUGUUUCUUGUUUUUGAUGAUGUGUGGACAGAUGAUGGCCGAAAUUGGGAAUCACUAAAAGCUACUUUCCAACAUUGCCUAAAAGGUAGUAGGAUUUUAGUGACUACUCGGAAAGAAUCUGUUGUCCAGGUGAUGGAAUCAUCUCAUAUCUUUCGUUUAGAGCAAUUAUCGGACGAGGUAUGUUGGAUGAUUCUUAGUCAAGUUGCAUUUAUUGGAAGAGAGGGAAGUGAGUGUGAAGUUUUAAAGGGUGUUGGAAUGGAAAUAGCUAAAAAGUGUAAAGGCUUGCCUCUUGCUGCAAAGACUUUAGGAAGUUUGCUACGAGAAAAAAGAAGUAGAGUUGAAUGGGAAAAUGUCUUGAAUAGUGAGUUUUGGAAAUUGGAUAUAGCAGAAAAAGAUAUUUUUACGCCUCUAUUGUUGAGUUACUACGAUUUACCCUCGACAAUAAGACGAUGCUUGUUAUAUUGUGCAAUUUUUCCCAAGGAUUAUGUGAUGUUGAGAGAUGAACUGAUUUUGCAUUGGAUGGUACAAGGUUUUCUGAACUUUGAUGACAAUUUGGAGAUGGAGGUUAAAGGUGAAGAGUACUUUUACCACUUAGCAGGUCGUUCUUUCUUUCAGGAUUUUAAAAAAGAUACUUCUGGCAACAUAUAUGAAUGUAAGAUGCAUGACUUGGUGCAUGAUUUUCUUCAGUUUUUGACAAAAGAUGAGAUUGUGGCGGAGGAGAUUAAUUCGGUUGAAACUUUGAAAUUGGAUUUAUCUUCCAAAAAGGCUCGCCAUUCAAGGAUAACAAUUGGACAAGGGAAAAGAUUUCCUGUGUGUAUAAAUGGAGUUGAAAAGUUGCGAAGCCUUAUCACAAUUGUCCAGGGCAUGUUUUGUCUAAAUCUUACGAAACUACCAGAUGAGAUGAAGAAAUUGAUCAAUUUGAAGUAUCUUUAUACAUCUACUUGUGUUGGACUAGCAUACUAUCCGAAAGGGAUUGGGAGAUUAACUGGCCUUAGGAGAUUGGACAGAAUCAUAGCAAGAGUAGACCGCAAUGAUGCGACAGAAUUCAGUGUUGGAGAUCUAGAAAACUUGGACCUGCUGUGUGAAGGUCUUCAGUUGGAUAUGGAAGGAAAUUCGAUUGACAGCGAAGAGGCUAAGAGAGCCAAACUUCACAAUAAGAUACAUCUCACCAAAAUGACAAUGACAUGGGCGGGCAUCGGCCAGCGAGAAAUGAGAAAUAACAUCGUUGAAGCCUUGAAUCCACCUCUCAACUUAUGCCUCCAGUGGCUGAGCUAG